UAUAAUGUCUGUGAAUGAUGGUUGUACAUUUCGGCAUCUUCGACCUUGUUCUCUGGACUCUCGGCGUGUGUAAUCCUUUCCAGUCGAAAAACUGAUGCCGGCCGGCAACGAGGCAGUGAGAUUCGACGCCUCCACAAUUAUUCGUCCGGAAACAAGCCAGAAAUCCUAGGGUAGGAUCAGCAAGCGAUACCACAUGCGGGAAAUCGGUUCUCCUACUGAUAACACCGAAGCGGUGGCCCAUUAAUCAAACCAAACAUCUGGAGAAGCCCUGGCACAAUAUUUGCAGAAAGAUCCUUCAGUUUCACAUGAACUCUCAACUCUUCGAUUUUUCUAUGGGUUAAUAUUUGGUCGAGUCUGGGCCUGGCAGUGGCAGUGCAUAUUAUAUUUACGUCUGCCCGAGUGUCGUCUUAGCCGGUGUUGAUGUUGGCCAAGAUGCAUCAAACCUUUUUAUCUUAACGUCUGUGGUGACCCUCUUGACAAUAUAUAUAUGUGCAUGGGAAUCCCGGUCCCACAUUCAGCCGGAUAUGUGAAAAGACGCCUCUAGUGCUGCUUUAAACGUUGAUCCCAGAGCUCCCACUUGCCGGAAAUCCGAUUGCGGUUUUCUUACAUUUUCCCGACUGGAUUGUUUUGCCGGUUUCAAGAUCACUUCAAACUCGGGCGUAAAAGUUUGAUGAUUCCCGAAAAUCUGCGUGGCACACUGAUCUUUCAUAUGUGUGUACCUACGUAUACACUUUUCCGACUGGACCGCGAAGUAUCAAAAUUAAUGAAAUUUCACAUUGUGCGCCGAAAGUACUGACAAUCGCAUGCCAAUAUUUUUGCACGUACCCAUUGGGUCUAACCGGGAUAAAAUGGGAUUUAGCCAUUUGUCGGCGAUUGUUGUGUUGGUAUUGCCCAGUUUGAUUGCGGCCAAUUCGGAUGGUCGACGAUUAUAUGAGUGGCUUAUGCGGGAUUACAAUAAACUAGUUCGUCCGGUGGAGAAUGAUACGAUGCCACUUGAUGUCUUCUUGGGAGUCAAACUAACACAACUGAUCGACGUGGAUGAGGUCAAUCAAGUAGUUAUGACAAAUGUGUGGCUUCGUCAGCAAUGGAAAGAUUACCGUCUAACUUGGGAUCCGAAAGAAUACGAUGGGAUCGAGACCAUUCAAAUCCUCAGCGACACGUUAUGGACACCGGACAUCGUUCUUUAUAAUAACGCUGAUGGGAAUUAUGAAAUAACGCUGAAAACGCGUGCCGUUGUGCGAUAUACUGGCGAACUGAUCUGGGAGCCACCGGCUAUUUAUCGUAGCUACUGUAUGAUCUUCGUGGAAUACUUUCCUUACGACGAACAAACCUGUAGGCUUAAGUUCGGAACAUGGAGCUACGAUGGUUUCAAGAUCAAUCUGUUGCCGUUGCACGGUUAUGUGGACGACAACACCACUAUUCCUGACGGUAUGGACUUAUCGGAAUACUAUCUCAGCAUUGAAUGGGAUAUCAUGAAAGUCACCGCCAAACGCAGUGCAAUUUCGUACUCGUGCUGUCCCGAGCCGUACAUCGAUAUCACGUACGAAUUCUCCAUCCGUCGGAAGACCAUGUACUUCACCGUGAAUAUGAUUUUUCCUUGUGUGGCCAUAUCGUUCCUGACGGUGCUAGUAUUUUAUCUGCCCAGCGACAGUGGUGAAAAGAUUACAUUGAGCAUUUCCGUACUGAUGUCCCUCACCGUGUUCUUUCUUCUCCUUGCCGAAAAUGUGCCGCCAACCAGUCUUGCUGUACCCCUCAUUGGAAAAUAUCUAGUAUUCACCAUGGUACUAGUAACGCUCAGCAUCAUGAUUACCGUCGCCGUAUUGGACGUUCAUUUCCGCAAUCCUAGCACGCACUAUAAAAUGUCCCCGUGGAUACGCCGUGUCUUCGUGGAUAUUCUACCGCGUAUCAUCCGCAUCCAACGACCCCGGCAAUACGCUCCCAAAUUCGAGUACAAAAGCCGCGUCGAUAAAGAGCGGGAGAAGUUUGUCAAGCGCAGCGAGUACAGUGCGGCGCGCACUCUGGAACCGGAUGAACUGUCCGUGGCAUCGUAUUCCUACGACGAUGACCCAUUGCCGGUCAGCACGGAAUUCCAAUUGGAGCACACCUAUUCACCGGAAGUGCAGCGGGCCAUUGAGGGACUCAAGUACAUCGCGGACAAAUACCGUGACAAUAAAGAACAGGAAAAUAGCAUUCAAGACUGGAAGUACGUCGCCCGCGUGAUCGAUCGGCUGUUCCUGAUUUUAUUCGGGAUCGGUGUGCUGGUGGGCACAUUAACCAUUCUGCUCAACGCGCCAUCGUUAUAUGACAGGCGCGACCCGAUCCCAAAAAAGUGCAUCAACCAGACCAAGUCCGAAUUCAACCCAAUCUGCUCGCAACUUUUGUAGCACAAACUGUCGCCUAAAAUACGACAUGCAAACGGGCAAACCAAUAUAAAAUAAAACUGAGUAAUAACAUGCAGAAACAGCGCUGGUAAAAGAGACCAAAUAUUCGUCAUCACGCAGGAUCAGCAGGGAAGAUCUCCAAAGAAAUAAAUGCCGGAAACCGACAGGCGACAAGGCAUCUAAUCUUCCUGAAAAAUGCCGUUAAUCAGCACGUGGCGUUCCAGGCGUCCGCCUUACUCGACCAUGUGAACAUCGGUGCUGAGCAGAUCCAUGUGCUGGUCUUUCUUGUGCUCCAGCGCUUCUUCCUUCUGCACAAUUUCCUCCAACCAUUGCCACAACAUCCCCACCUGUGCCGCAUCGUAUGGCAAACCCAUCGGAACACAGCGCGUCGGAACGAAUGCGUUCUGUUUCCCGCUGUACCGCAUCAAAACUGCAAUAAAGGAAUUACACUUAAUUGUUGUCAGACUAGUCACCAGUCAAACAGACAUGUGAAAUGGUAGGAGCGUUGCUACAUGCAAUGAAAACGCUGCCAGAGAACACAGAACAAAUCUUUCAUUGUGAUAUUGAAUUUUAUAACUGUAUCAGCGCCCACUAGAGAGUGAGAAUACU